CUUUGAUUAACUUGCGGGUUAUGCUCUGACCAAGCUCGUUAUUCGCACCAAUAUUUCUCAACAGACAGGCAAUUCCAAAUAGGAAUAUCGUGAAUUUAAUUAUCAGCGUUGUUGGCCAAUGAGAAGGCUUCUCGUUGACAUCACAGUSAAGCUUGUCCGUCGUAAUCGUAAUCCAAAGGAACACUUCACAUAGGAUGAUUACAGAGAUACUUGGCACACCAACUGACGAACUUUAAUUCAAGACUGUAGCUAGUUUUUUGGUUUCUAGUGCAGCCUCGUGUCGAGGUCAGUGUUUCUAAAGUGAUUGAUUCUUUUUUGGUCUCUCGUUUAGUGYUUUGGUUCUGCGUUAUUAGACACGGCAAUGGCUACGGUAGAAGAUUCUAUCUCACCUCCUCUGAUCAUAGCGCCAGCUAAUGUAGCUAGUUUUCCGCGAAGAUCUCGGAUGAAGAAGCCGAUGUCUCGUGUUUCAUUAGCAACGGACCGUUUCUCUUGUACAUCAUUCUUAACCACUGGGAGCUACAACGAGAGCGAGUUAUCUUGGUCUGACUUACCUCGAUGGCGCAGUUUACCGAGUAAUUUGGAAGAAGAAGUCUAUUAUGAUGAUUGCCCAGAUAUCUUACGCGCGUGGUCUAGGUAUAGGCUUACAAACAUGGCACGAAGAUACAAGACUAUGGACUAUAUAAAUAUGAUGAUCGCCUCGCGUAAUGAAAUGAUGAGAAGUGCAGAGAUCGACAUUGGAUCAAAUUUAUCGACAAUGACAAUGACGGGGCUCUCUGUUAGUCGAGAUUUGUUGUUUGAUCGCGAUGACUUUUCUGAACAAGGCUCAGCGAAUGUUACAAGAAGCCCUUCAGACGAUCGACUUUCUUGGUCAGGGCAAAAUGAGGAUAAAAAUACUAGUCUUACUGAAGCGAACUUAAAGGAAGCCUUGUCUCGUGUGUCCAAUGCGGUUUCUUGCGAGAGUCUGAAUAAACGUCAUCGCAAAAUGAAUAAAAUUGAAAAAUGGCUUUUCAAAUGCCGAAGCAGCCCUCAAAACAGCUUUGUGGAUUGAGAAAGAAAUUCUAGGAAUCUCAAGAGAAAAGACUGAAUGAAAGAAAUAAAAUCGCAGCCGCUUGUGCAUGUAUCAUCAAUGAAUGAAUAAAAGACAAAUGAAUUGUUUUCAUCUGCGUAGGCACCUGUUCAGACUGUAUGUUUUUGGAAUCAAACGCUCUGGGAUCGGAAAGCAACGAUUACUAUUAACCUGAGUCUGUUUGAUGAAUAACCAAACAAAGAAAUUGGCUUUUAUACAUCCUUUCAGGGAUUAUCUGUAUGCCAUAUUYAGGGGGAAACUCAAAUAUGAUCCGUAAAUGGGAAAGAAAAUGGUAUGAUCUUGUGCGGUAAAAUACUUUGGUAAAUUCAAAACAUUUAUCAAGACAUUCUAGAAAACAAAUGUAACCUCGCAUGACCRAGCGAGUAGAGGAACAAUAUCCAGUGAAAAAACACAAUGGCGAAAACUACUUAGGAAUUCUAGUACAGCACUAUGAAUAUCAUUAGUGCUUACUUUAUUUAUUUUCCUAUUGUUUUUGGGCUGUAGUUAGGACGCCGAAUGGAAGACUAGAACAACGCGAACGCUCAAAAACGCAUUACUAUGAAAAAAUCGAGCUGAUAUAGGCUCAUAAUGAGAAGAAUAUUAGAAAAUAGUGUCUAGCGCCGCUAUGCACUGACUYAAUCAUCCAUCGAAUAUUAAAGGUUUCAAAGAGACAAUCUUAUCAAUGUUAAUAUCGACCCGGAAGUCAAUCACGAAAAUGACGAUGAUGGAAGUUUUUCGCCCAUUUAUCCAACCAAAUUAUCCAUGUAUUGAGUAAUCUGAGCUGAUGGUCCAACCACGAUUGCUUGUCUGAAGCUACGUCUUGUUGCACACUUGCAGUCUUGAUGGAGAACUACGCUCUUUGUCUUUCGUAGAUAAAGACCUCAAAAGAGACUAAGUUUAAGUCAGCCUUUAAAAUAUAUUUUUGCAUUUUUUUGUCUACGAAACCAUCUGCCUCUUAUUGCAUAAAAUUGAUCAAUAGUCAUAGUAUACAUCAGGUUUAGCCGAUUGUGGAUGAAAAWAAAUUCAUUCCUUUCUUUUCAUGGAUAUGUAUUUCUCAUUCUCUAUAGUUUUUCGUUCAACAAAUUUUUUACAAAUAUUGUAAGGGCUUAGAAGAUACCAAUUAUGAAAAGCGUAUAUGGCAAUGUAAAGCAUCCUGUGAUAUUGAUCCAACACUCUUGUAGGCGCGCAGUCAAAAAUAUUCAAAUAGCAUAAGGCAAACUGCAAAAGAUAAUGAGAACCAAAGAAGCUCUUAGCAAAAAGAAGAAAAUUCGGACUCAUUUACUUGGUUGAUAUCAUCAAAAGUCUCCUUUUCUGAAUUCCAAAUUUUUGUGUGUGAAAGUGGUCCUUUUCACUUCAAUUGUCAGCUGUAUAUUUAAUCGCCUUUGAUCUAGUGUGGUGACAWCGAAGGAAGCAGUUAGUCACACUUGAUGCCGGACUAAUGGAAUAGUGAUUUAUAUUCCUAUAUAGUGAGGUUUAUGACAUGCAGAAUUGAGUGUUCCAGAAACAUUUAGACGCAAGUUGACGCGCGUCAAUCCAUCGGAACAUUCAUACUGUACAGUACUAGUAUACAGCCGCUAGCUAUAGUCUUAACGACUAGAUUUGUAAGUUUUAAGUCUUACAGUGCUUGCUUAAUUCACUUUUUAAAAAUAAUUUUUCCAAGCCAAAUUGAAGUCAAUAUUGUGAUGUAAAGGAGAGGAACGAAUAAAACAAAAGCCAUUUCA